AUGCCACCCAUUAAGGCAGCAAGCAGCGCUAGUGCCGCUGCCCUUCUUGAGCGGUCAGGAUACUCAACCUCCUUCGUUGGUUUUGGCAGUGGCGCUACCAACGUUUUUGAGGUGGCCGCUGCUGCCAAAGCAGGUGUGGCUUGCAAAGAGCUCGAUCCUGAUGUGGUUCUGAUAUUGAGGAAACUAUCCAAAAAGGAUCCUCAAACUCGGGAGAAAGCCCUUCGAGAACUUCUCGUUUGUCUGAAAGAAAAGGAUCGAGAAAUGUUGGAAAUUUGCUACAAUCACUUCGCUACUCUCAUGGACAAACUCAUUGUUGAUGGCAGCCCCACCGUACGUAUGUUAUCUUUGCGUGUUACCUCUUUUUUCAUUUCGUCUUUGAAAAAAGCAGCUGAGAAACAGCUCAAAGUUGUUAUGCCUAUGGUACUCAUUGCAACCUGUGAUACUAGUCUUUCUGUUUCUAACCAAGCUGAAGCAGUUCUUUCGGAAAAUUUCCCUGGUGAGAAGGCUUCACAAGCGGAGUCCAUUUUUGCUGCCGACACGGCAAACUUAGCCAUCGACAUCAUAGCUGGUCGGCACGCGCUGGUUCAAUCUCAAAAGUACGAUUGCGAAGAUUCUCCUGAACAAAGGGUUUCACGCUUGACCGUACAAUGCCUACUAGUCAUUGCUCGCUUGGCACAGUCUGCCUCAAAUAAUACUCAGUUCAAGGAGGUCUUGGAAAGUUUUUUUAAGCAAACUGCUGUUAUAAAGAAUCUAACGAAAGGGAUCCCAGCGGUGAAAUCAGCCCUGUUGGGAAUCUGCUUGAAAGCGACAGAUUGUGUACCGCUGUUACUGGAUACCCCCUUGGCAUCGUGGAUCAUCUCAAAUCUCGAUUCAGCGGAUUCAUCUAUUUGUACGAAGGCAUUCGAAGCAUUUACAGUUCUAUUGUCAAAUGAGAGGUUCUAUUCAAAGUUUGAUGUGCAGAAGUCUGUCGUUCCCAAACUCCUGUCUGUAGUGAGACGUAAAGAAGUGCACUGGCGCCACGCUUCGAAGUUUUUCUUGCCAUCUUAUGCAGUCCUGGUUCCGCAUGUGAACGACCAAGCUAAAUUCAUCAAGUCGUUCUUGGAAUCGUUUAUCGACAACCUUCCCUUUGAAAUUGGAGGAUCUAUGUCAUUUUGGGCAGAAUCAUUCGCUGAAUGUGUCAAGUUCACUUAUUCCAACAAAGAGACUGUCGCUGAGACAACGGAUCUCAACAUCGUCGAAGUGCUGCUUCAAAGUGUUGAACUCGUACGAGAGGAAUCCAGUGAUUGUCAAGAAACCAUCACAAGUUUACUAUUGUGGUUGCUGGAGAGAAAUGUACUUCCCCUGGAGAACACCACCUUCUUACUAGACUCAUUGCAGCUUAACCUCAUGAACAAGCGACCUCAAAGUGACACAACUUGCGUUUUGUUGGUAGCUUCCGCGUCAUGGUCUUUAAGAGAGUUCCACGGUGCUCUACUACGCGUUCCACCGCUUCAUCCUGACUUCGUCAAGCCAUUGCUCACUUGCACUGAUGAGUAUCUGGAACACAUAGACAAGAGUGUGAAUCUUCUUUCUGCCUUGGGUAAAGAAUCAAGGCCUUCGCUCGUGUUUGCGCAAGUGGUGUUGCGAAUUUUACGGAGAAAUCCUGAUAAAGUAAAGGAACUCAAUCUAUUAUCUUCGAGUCUCACUCCGUUAAUCCUUACCGAGAUUUCCUCCGUUGAUUGGCCAAUGAUUUCGUCCAGUUUGGGUAUAGAACUGAUACCUUGCUUGAAAAAGAUCAUAGCGCAGUGGGAGAAGGAGAAGAAUCACCCUGCCAUUUGCAAGGUGUUAGGGAUGAUUGAGGUUGCUGAACGGGGCGAGGUGCUCUCUGCAUUGCUCAACGACUCCUGUUCCAUACAGUUUAUUUCGGAAUUACUGAACACGUUAGAGCUUCCGGAAGACUUGACGGCUGAAUGCUCACGAAUUUCCUUUCAUUCGCUCUUUAAUAAUGAUGUAUCUGAUGAAGAAAUCGACUCUGUGCUACAAACUCUUUCACGUUUUCCUCCAUGUGAAUUACUGGUCCGGGAUGCGCUGUUGUCUUACCUCGAUGAGUCAAUGUCUUCCAAGCCCUACUCGCUGGCAAGCUUGAAUCGAAUCGGAUUGGUGUGUUCACAGUUGCUGUAUUCUGACAGUCGUUAUUGUGCUCUUCUGCCCUCACAAGAUGAACUGCUGACGAUGUUAACAGAUUUCGACACAUAUGUCACAAAUGAUGUAUUAGCCAAGUAUGGGCUUUUUGGUGAGCCUUUUCAUAAUGAGAAGGAACCACCCGGCUCCGAAGAGCAUCUGCUGACCAGUCUCGAGAAAUCGGCUCGUAGAGCCCUCAUCUACCUCUCUAUCGAUUGUGAAGAUAAAGCUCAUGAUGUGUCUCUGGCUUAUGCUGCUGCAGUAUUCCCUAUUGCUCAAAUGUUUUAUGAUACUCGAUGGCGAUGCGAUGUUAUACCUGAAGUCAUAUCUGAUACCAUAAAUCGAUGGCAUCAAACAUUCCAGUCAUGGAAUGAACCUGAAAAGAAAGUGGCCUGGUUUUGGGCAUUGCACAGUGAUUGCUCAGAGCUAAAGCUCGGGUCACUGGAGCAGUGGAUAACGAGGUUCCACUUUGAGUCUGAAUUCAACUUCCUGUCGCAAAUUUAUGAGCAUAUUCAGUCUGAUGCCUCUGAAUGGGAGGAUUCCAUAUUUAAUGCCAGCUCUCUAGACUCUUCCUCAUGGCGAAUAAGCGCACUAUGUCUGCUUGCUGCCUUAAAUCACAUAGAUGAAGUGACUUUGCCUUCUCUACCACCAGAAUUACUUGAUUUUAUCAUGUGCGGAGCAGUAACAGCAUUGGAUAGCUGUGAUGAACGUAUGGACCCCAAGGGUGAAAAUCCAGCCCAACUAGAGUCGCUGGCUGGCCUAGCUCUGAUGCUGUUCAAUGAAUGUGACAAACUGAGUUGUCAUAAUUAUGGUAACUCGUUUGAUACGGAGUGGCCAAACUUCUUCCUUCCAACAAUGGCGCGUAUUAUUGUGCGGUGGUUUACGUUCCUAAAAGCUGACAGUCGACCAACAUUCUUUGUACGAAGUUUGGUGGACGCUUUGUUACGCAUUAAACAAUUACCCGACGAAUUGGCUCUUAAAACAAAACUUUGUCCAGAGUUGGACAAAUUUGGGUAUGACCCUAUUCGCCAGACCUUGAUAAUACAUGCUGAGGAUCUUCUUCCUUCGGAUAGUGUUUUUAUCCGGUUCGCAGCCUUACACAUGUUGAGGAUUUUAUCUCCAAUAAUGUAUAAGCAAGAAAAUGGUCAAUGGAUGGAGGAAGAGAAGGUUUCAUCUACUGGGCCACGCCAUUUAGUGAUACCAGACACGCUGGCGCGUAUGAUUGAUACAGCAACUGGAUGGCCAUCAAUAAUGGCCUUCGAUGCUGCCUUGAUGCCGCUUUCGACGCGUGUGGUUGCGGUGCGCUGCCAGGCAUUUCUGUUGUUAGAUAGUAAUCUUCUUGUUAGUACUAUCAUCGAAGAAGACGAUCACCGCUUUCAAUAA